AUUAGAUGGAGAAAAUUUCAAUUCUUGGUUUCCUUUUGGUCAUUCUAUGUCUAAUAACAAGAGAUCUUGCUUGCAAGGGUGAAACCCUUGAGGGAAAUUGCUUAAGAGCUGAUCGAGAAGCUCUUCUUGACUUAAAAAAUGGUCUCAAAGAUUCUUCUAACAACCGGCUUUCAUCAUGGAUAGGAGGCAAUUGUUGUCAAUGGGAGGGAAUUGGUUGUGAAAAUAACACAGGAGUUGUUAUUUCAAUCGAUCUUCAUAACCCAUAUUAUCUUGAAGAAGCAUAUGAAAAUUGGAGUUCAAUGAACUUAAGCGGGGAGAUCCGGCCUUCUUUGAUAGAACUCAAAUAUUUGAGGUCUUUAGAUUUGAGUGGCAACUCAUUUGAGCAUAUCCCAAUUCCUAAAUUCUUCGGAUCUUUGAAAAAUUUACAAUAUCUAAACUUAUCAAAUUGUGGAUUCAAAGGUGCAAUUCCUCCAACCUUGGGAAACCUUUCUAAUUUGCAAUUUCUUGAUCUUUCUUCCAUUGAAUCUCAGUUAUUUGUUAAGAACCUUGAAUGGAUGACUAAUCUUGUUUCCUUAAGGCAUCUCAAGUUGAACUAUGUCAACCUGUCAAUGGUCGGAUCUCACUGGAUGGAGGUAUUCAGCAAGCUUUCAUUUUUAACAGAGUUGCACUUACAACAUUGUGGGCUCUCUGGUUCAAUUUCAUCUCUAAACUCUAUCAAUUUUACUUCAUUGUCUGUCAUAAGCAUCAGUGGCAACUCUUUCCGAUCAAAGUUCCCAAUAUGGCUUCUAAACAUUAGCAGCCUUGUAUACAUUGAUGUAGUUGCUCUCAACUGUUAAGCGGAAGCUGGAAGAAGAUAAAAUUUCUGAAUUUGGCAAACAAUAAAUUUCUUGGUACAAUUCCAACCUCCAUCGGAAAUUUUUGCAACUUACAACAUUUGGAUUUGGGUACCAAUACCUUGACAGGAAGUUUCUUUGAGUUUCUCGAAGAGAUCAAAAACUGCAGUUCUGAAGGUCCUUUACCAGAACUGGGGUAUUUGGACUUGUCUUGGAAUCAAUUAGUGGGCAGAUUGCCAGAACGGUUGAGUCAGCUGGAAAAACUUACAUAUCUCGAUCUAUCCGAUAACAAGCUUCAAGGCCCUAUCCCUGCUUCUUUUGGGACAUUCAAAAAUCUGAAUGAGAUGCGGCUUGGAUGGAAUGAACUGAAUGGGAGUCUCCCAGUUAGUUUUGGACAACUUUCUGAAUUGGUUGUAUUGGAAGUUUAUGGGAAUCGCUUGAUUGGAAUUCUUUC